CCACGACCCGGGGACCCAGGCGAGGUGUGUGCAUUGGAGUGUAUACACGCUUACAUCGGCGGAACUCUCUCAUCACACUGGAUCCCGUAGCGGAGGGGGCAGGACGGACAUCACAGCGAACAGAGGAUUGUUACCGAAUCUCACCAUGGCUGGGCAGGAGACGGAAGAGCGCGGCAACUGGAGCCGGAAGAUGGACUUCAUGCUGUCCUGUAUAGGGUUCGCUGUCGGUCUCGGCAAUGUGUGGAGGUUCCCUUAUCUGUGCUACAGGAAUGGAGGAGCCACCUUCCUCAUCCCCUACCUCAUCAUGUUGGUCCUGGCUGGACUCCCACUGUUCUACCUGGAGCUCGCCCUGGGGCAGUUCGCCUCUGAAGGCCCUAUCACGGUAUGGAAGAUCAGCCCUGCCUUUACAGGUAUUGGGUUCGGCAUGCUCACCAUCAGCGGCAUGGUAUGCAUCUACUACAACGUCAUCAUCAUGUACUCCAUCUACUACAUGUUUGUCAGCUUCGUCAACCUCGACGACACUGUUCCCUGGGAGACGUGUAACAACACGUGGAACACCAUGGCGUGCAGGAAGGAGCCCUACCCUGCUCUGGACACCAUGGACGAGGGCAACAAGACCAUGACGUUGUUUGAUGAGAUCUACAAGAAGCCAUGUGUAGAAAACCUCCUCCAAAACAUCUCCGCCGUCUACAACACCAGCUUGACCAACAUUACUCAGCUCAACUCCACCAUGAUACAGAACGACGUCACCAAGAACUGCAUGAUCAAGUACACCACGGCUAGUGCAGAAUACUGGGAGCGUUAUGUUCUCCGUGUCCACGAAGCUGAUGGCUUUGAAGAUAUGGGCGGCUUCAGUUUGAAGAACGCCGUUACGCUGUUCUUCGCCUGGCUCCUCAUCUUCUUCUGUCUGAUGAAGGGAGUCAAGUCAUCGGGCAAGGUCGUGUACUUCACCGCCACCUUCCCCUACGUCAUCCUCAUCGUCCUUCUGAUCCGAGGUCUCACCCUGCCUGGCUAUGAAAAGGGAAUCGCGUUCUACAUGAUCCCUGUCCCCGAGAAGCUGAAGAACGCUAAGGUAUGGGGAGACGCUGCCAGCCAGAUCUUCUACUCUCUUGGGCCAGCAUGGGGCGGUCUGCUCACCAUGUCCAGCUACAACAAGUUCAAGAACAAUUGCCAACGGGAUGCUGUUAUCGUAGCGCUGAUCAACUGUGGAACAAGCAUCUUUGCCGGGUUCGCCAUCUUCUCCCUGCUUGGGUUCAUGGCUCACAUCACUAACAGACCUGUGGAGAGUGUUGUUGACUCAGGUCCCGGCUUAGCGUUUAUUGCCUACCCAGAAGGCAUUGCACAACUUCCGGUGUCUUCUAUUUGGGCCUUCAUGUUCUUCUUCAUGUUGCUGACGCUGGGCCUUGACAGCCAGUUCGUCAUGAUGGAGACUGUCAUCAGUGGUAUCUCCGACGUCUUCCCGAAAUACCUCCGGAAACACAAGGCACUCUUCACCCUCUUCUGCUGCCUCAUCGGUUUCCUCCUGGGGCUGCCUCAAGUCACAAAGGGUGGUAUUUACAUGCUACAACUGAUGGACUGGUACUCUGGCAGCUACAACCUGAUGCUGGUGGCUCUGGCCGAGAUUAUAUGCAUCAUGUACGUCUAUGGCUUCAGGAACUUCAUGUGUGACAUCGAGAUGAUGGUCGGCAGUAAGCCCAAUAUCUACUGGCUCGCCAACUGGCUCUUCCUCACGCCCGUUGUUAUUAUUUUCAUCGUGGUGAUGUCGGCCACCCAGUACACGCCUGCCUACUACGGCGACUACGUGUUCCCUGACUGGGCUCAGGGCCUAGGAUGGUGCAUGGUCGUGUCUCCAAUCCUCUGGAUCAUCAUCAUCAUGAUCAUUCAGGUCAUCCGAUACGGACCGGCCAAGGCUUUCCGAGCGACACCAGGUUGGGGACCCGCUAACCCUGAAGACAGGACCGGCAGAUACGCCACCACCUCAACCUUCGACGACGUCAUUGUCGAAAAGCCACCAUUGCCUUACACAAAUGGAGGCACGGAAAAUCCAGUCUUCUACAGCGAAAAGCUGUAAUGUAAGACUUCCAGUGGACGACCAGUAGGAAACGACUAUACUGGACUCAGGAAAUACUCAACAUCCAAACCAGAGGAUUUAUGGAAACGUUACAAACUGGGGCUGAGAAAAUCUCGUUCGCCACAAUGUACUCAGUUUUCGCUCAUUUUCUAUUUUGCUUAUUUUACUUUGAAAUACUCAAUUGUCUCUCAAUAACCAUGUACAGGUAAAAUGUCACUUGAACUGAUUUCGAUGACGGGAAAAUAGUCCAACACAAGAGAAAAUAUGGAUAUGGAUUUCAUUGACUGUUUGGUUUGGGUUGUUAGAAACAUAUUUUUUUAUCAGAUGCUUCGUGUUUCAUGUUUGUUCAUAUUUCAAUAUAUAGACUUUCUAAACAUAUGAUAGGGAUACACUUAUAUCUAUUACAUUUUGGUAAAUCACUGUCCUUGACUUUGUUGAGCAAGAUGGAACAUGACAGACUUACUAAUGGAACAUGAAUAUAAAGGCCAUAUGUUUAUGGCCACUGUUGAAUCAUUGUAAAAUGACAAUGCUGACAUCAGGUUUCACGGCUGGGCAUAUCCUAUCAUAUCUACAUCACGCUUUAUGAACUUGAAUUCAACUUUUUAUUCCCAUGCUAUAUGCAUAUAUCAUGUUCUUCUGGUGUGAAGUCAGGAUGACAUAUCCCUAUCAUAUGUUGAGUAAUAUCACACUAUAUGUCAAAGUGCGCACAUGUAUGUACAUACAUCUCUGUCGUGAUCUUUAUGAGUUAAAUAUAGGAAAGCAAUAACACUUAUGUAUAUACAACAUAUAAAUAUAUGUAUUCAACUUUAAUAUAAUUAGUUUAACUUGAGGUUACAUUUGUCUAUUUGCAUAUUUCAGUAUCCUGAAUAUUCUGUGCCACCUUCCCUGGCAACAUCCAUCCAAAUGGAAAACUAACUGAAUCUAAUGUUUCAUCUUUCAAAUUUACCAUGUGACACUAUUUAUAUUCAUCGUGGAUGAUUAUUUCUAUGUUCUGUAAAAGUCCGUGAUAAGCACAUUGUAAUUUGUGUUUGUUUGUCUAAUUGUUCUAAAAUUUAUUUUGUAAAAAAAGCCAUUGUCAGCACA